AUGAAGGCUCUCAGGCGUAGCAUAAAGGGGGAGAAGGACUCUAAACCUCAACAUCUAUCGCUAGCCCCGAAAGCAGCGGUUUCCAUAGUUCCCCCUAAGAAGGUAAUUCGCGCACUUUACGACUACGAGGCCCAAUCGGGCCAGGAGCUAUCUUUUUCAAAGGGGGAUUUUUUCCACGUCAUCGGGCGAGAAAAUGAUACGGAUUGGUAUGAAGCAUGCAAUCCCGCUUUGCCAGACGCCCGCGGGUUGGUACCGGUUGCGUUCUUUCAGGCCUUGGGGAAGACCGAGCGGGAUAGUGGACAAUCAGAGACAUCUCCUCAACCCGUGAGGAUGCCCGAUCAUGACUCGGGAUACUCAGAUACAUCGGGUUCCGGGACUCUGGUGGGUACAGAGGCGCAGCGCCAGUCUAGGACAAGCGGUAAAGGUUCCGGUGCCAUGGUUUAUGGCAUUGUGAUGUAUGACUUCGCCGCGGAACGACCAGAUGAGCUGGAUGCAAAGGCAGGAGAAGCGAUUAUUGUUAUCGCGCAAUCCAACCCGGAAUGGUUUGUUGCUAAGCCAAUUGGGAGACUCGGCGGCCCUGGAUUGAUACCGGUUUCCUUCAUCGAAAUACGAGAUAUGACCUCGGGUCAAGCUGUACCAGACGCGCAAGAUGCGGUUCAAAGAGCAGGGGUACCAAAGGUGGAAGAGUGGAAGAAGAUGGCGGCGGAUUACAAGAACAGCAGCAUUACUCUGGGAAAGUUUGAAGUCCCGAAUUCACAACAGCAGCAGCAACAGCAGGGGUUGGAACAAAGUAUGGGCCGGAUGAGCCUCCAGCAGAAUGGUCGCCAAAGCCAGGGGAACAGCCAGGCCUUCCAACAACAAAGCAGGCAAUCUCAGCAAGCCAGAACUAUGCAACAAAACCAACAACCGCAGCAGAAUCCUUACACAUCACAACUCUAUGCUCCCAUCUCAGCCCGGAUCCCUCGUUACUGUUUUGCAGAAGACAAGUAUUGGUUUGUCAUCGAAGCUGCUUUGGAAGACGGGCGACACUGGGAGUUGUCUCGGUAUUACGAGGAUUUUUACGACUUUCAGAUUGCCCUCUUAACUGAGUUUCCCUCGGAGGCUGGAAAUACAGGUACCCAGAAGAGGACGCUACCAUAUAUGCCAGGCCCAGUCAACUAUAUCACGGAUGCGAUUACCGAAGGCAGACAGCAUAAUCUGGACGCCUAUGUCAAGAACCUUCUCACACAACCACCUUACAUUUCCCGGUGUGUGCUGGUGAAACAAUUCUUUGCACCUCGUGAAGGCGAUUAUGAAAUCGACCCAAACACUGUGAGUGAUGAAUAUCGAUUGUCAGGCGGGUCGCAACAGUCAUCGAGUGAUUCGCCCUCGAAUGGGGCAUCUCGACAAUCCUCGCGUGGCAACCUAAAUGGAGCAGGCUAUUCAGGACUUACAGCAGCACCAGCAAGAAACUCACCCCAUCAACGAAAUCAACCUUCGAUCUCCACAAAUGGAAAUGGCCAGCAAUCAUCGGCCCCCCAAAACCCUGGUAACUCUUCUUCUCCGGCUCUCAAUGGACAACAACAACCGUCCGCGAUGAAGGUCAAAAUUUAUUUUGGGGACGAUCUUAUUGCCAUCCGGGUGCCGACCGACAUUCAAUAUCAACAGCUUUACCAGAAGAUUCGGGAUCGUCUAAAGAUCCCCCAAGGCGACGAGAUCGCCAUGUAUUACAAAGAUGAGCCCAGUGGAGAGCGACCAAACCUGUUGAGUAACAACGAUCUCGACAUUGCACUUGGGAGAAACGAUAAACUCAUCAUUUACGUCGAAUAUAACUGA